CGCUCGGUAGCGCCGGCGCACUGGCGCGCUCCGUUUACACGCUCCGGGGCCUGUAGCCGCCGCGAGUUCCGGCUGUCGCCGUCGCCACCGCGGCUCCUGGAGGUCGGUUGCGGCGAGUAACGGCGCCAGAACGAGCCCUGCGUCUUCAUUUUCGCUAUGUACCCGAACUGGGGCCGGUAUGGCGGGAGCAGCCACUACCCCCCGCCGCCGGUCCCGCCGCCGCCACCAGUGGCGCUUCCUGAGGCCUCGCCGGGGCCCGGGUACUCGGGCUCGACGGCUCCCGCGGCCCCCUCCUCUUCGGGCUUCAUGAGCUUCCGCGAGCAACACCUGGCGCAGCUCCAGCAGCUGCAGCAAAUGCACCAGAAGCAAAUGCAGUGCGUGCUGCAGCCCCACCACCUUCCUCCGCCGCCGCUGCCACCCCCGCCGGUGCUGCCGGGGGGCGGCUACGGAGACUGGCAGCCGCCGCCGCCGCCGAUGCCGCCGCCGCCCGGACCGGCCCUCAGCUAUCAAAAGCAGCAGCAGUACAAACACCAGAUGCUCCACCACCAGCGGGAUGGACCUCCGGGUUUGGUUCCAAUGGAGCUGGAUUCCCCCCCUGAGUCGCCCCCUGUCCCGCCCGGGUCCUAUAUGCCCCCAUCCCAGUCCUAUAUGCCCCCGCCGCAGCCACCGCCCUCCUACUAUCCCCCCUCUUCGUCUCAACCCUACCUGCCCCCAGCUCAGCCGUCCCCUUCGCAGUCCCCACCUUCCCAGCCCUACCUGGCGCCCACCUCUUCUUAUUCCUCCUCCUCCUCUUCCUCCUCCUCGCAGUCCUUUCUGAGCCAUUCCCAGUCCUACUUGCCCCCUUCUCAGGCAUCUCCUUCCCGCCCCUCGCAGGGCCAUUCUAAAUCCCAGCUACUCCCCCCACCGUCCGUCCCUGCUGGGAGUAAAACAACUGUCCAGCAAGAGCCUUUGGAGAGUGGGGCCAAGAACAAAAGUGCUGAGCAGCAGCCAGCUGCUCCCGAGCCAGAUCCCUCUACGAUGACUCCACAGGAACAGCAGCAGUACUGGUAUCGACAGCACUUGCUUAGCUUGCAGCAGAGGACAAAAGUGCAUUUGCCGGGACACAAGAAAGGCCCAGUCGUAGCAAAGGAUGCGCCAGAGUCAGUGAAAGAAGUCACAGGGCCUGCUGCCAGUCAGAUUUCAGAGCCCCCUUCAUCUGAGGAGCCCCCGCUCCCACCUCCAAAUGAGGAGGCGCCGCCGCCUCUCCCGCCUGAGGAGCCCCAGUCUGAGGACCCAGAAGAAGCAGCCAGAUUAAGACAGUUGCAGGCUGCGGCGGCACGCUGGCAGCAGCACCAGCAGCACCGAGUCGGCUGCCAGUACCAGGGCAUCAUGCAGAAGCACACGCAGCUGCAGCAGGUCCUGCAGCAGUACCAGCAGAUGAUGCAGCCGCCACCACAUCUGCAGACCAUGUCUGCAGAUGUCCAGCUGCGGCACUAUGAGGUGCAGCAGCAGCAGUUCCAGCAUCUCUACCAAGAGUGGGAGCGGGAGUUUCAGCUGUGGGAGGAGCAGCUCCACUCUUACCCUCAUAAAGACCAGCUUCAGGAGUAUGAGAAGCAGUGGAAGACGUGGCAGGGACAUAUGAAAGCCACCCAGACCUACCUGCAGGAGAGAGUCAGUUCAUUUCAGAACCUGAAGAGCCAGUAUGUGGGGAGCAUGUCCCUGCCACCUCCGUUUGUCCCAUAUUCUCAGAUGCCUCCACCUCUACCAACAAUGCCCCCUCCAGUGUUGCCUCCAUCCUUGCCACCGCCAGUGAUGCCCCCUGCCCUGCCUGCCGCCGUGCCACCUCCCGCCAUGCCCCCGCCCGUGAUGCCGCCUUCUCUGCCAGCUUCUGUGCCCCCUCCAGGGAUGCCUCCGUCUCUGUCUUCAGCAGGGCCGCCCCCAGUUCUUCCCCCGCCUACCCUCUCUUCUGCAGGGCCACCACCGGUUCUCCCGCCACCCUCUCUCUCUUCAGGGGCACCUCCGCCCAUCCUGCCUCUCCCACCGCCACUAUCUUCAGCUACCCCACCUCCAGGAGUACCUCCCCCUGGCGUUCCACAAGGGCUACCUCCUCAGUUAACAUCGGCCCCAGUCCCACAGCCCUCUGGUUCUCAGAGUUCGCAAGUUCCAGAGAAACCUAGACCAGCACUGCUUCCCACUCCUGUGUCAUUUGGUUCAGGCCCACCCUCCACUUACCACCCUCCAUUGCAGUCAGAACAAGUGAAUUCUAAAGCUCUGAGCAAGUCUUCUCUGCUGUACGGUUCCUUCUCAUCUGAGCCAGGACUUGGGGAAUCUUCAGCGGCUUCAUCUCAGUCAAUCUCUGCAGCCAAGGACAUGCCAGUGAGGUCAGGUGGACUGCUUCCAGAUCCUCCUAGAAGCAGUUACUUGGAAGGUCCAAGAGGUCCAAGAUUUGAUGGUCCUCGAAGAUUUGAGGAUUUAGGGUCAAGGUGUGAAGGCCCGAGACCCAAAGGGCCUCGUUUUGAAGGAAAUCGCCCCGAUGGGCCAAGACCCAGAUACGAAGGUCACCCAGCAGAGGGCACUAAAAGCAAAUGGGGAAUGAUUCCCCGGGGGCCAGCGUCUCAAUUUUAUAUUACCCCCAGUACAUCCCUAAGUCCUCGACAGAGUGGACCACAGUGGAAAGGCCCCAAGCCAACCUUUGGACAGCAACAUCCACAGCAAGCUAAGCCACAAGCAGAACCUCUUUCAGGAAACAGAGAAUCAUUAGCAGACACCAGUAGUAACCAGCAGAAGAAUUCUAAAAUGCAGUCCGCUUCGUUUCCUAUUGCUACAGAUGUAAAGGCUGCCAAGGCGGCUCAGUCCAGUGAGAAUCUCAGCGACUCUCAGCACGAGCCACCUGAAAGCGAAGUCUCGGAAGAGCUCCUAGAGACCUCUGACUGGGACCAGAAUUCUCAAAGUAUGGAGACUCAGAUGGACAAAACCCAAGCUGUUACUCAGCCCGUCUCCCUUGCAAAUAAACCUAUACCUACUCAAUCUACUUUUCCCUCAAAAAUGGGGGGCAUGGAGGGAGAAACAGCAGUAGCAACAUCAUCAUCACUAACUGCAGAUAAUGAGUUUAAACCUUUGGGUAUUGGUCUGCCCCAUUCAGAAAACCAAGAGAAAGGGCUGCCUCGGCUAGAUAGCAGAGAUAAUAGAUUAGAAGGCAAUCGAGGCAGCAGCUCGUCCUACAGAGGUCCUGGGCAAAGUAGAAUGGAAGACACACGGGAUAAAGGACUGAUGAGCAGAGGUCGAGGCCAGGCAAUGAGCCGAGGCCCUGGGUUGGUCAAGCAAGAAGACUUUCGUGAUAAGAUGAUGGGCAGGAGAGAAGACAGUCGGGAGAAGAUGAGCAGAGGAGAAGGCAGCCGGGACCGAGGGUUGGGGAGGCCAGGAAGCAGUAGGGAGAAAGUGCCAGGUGGCCUGCAGGACAGGGUUAGAGCAGGCAGCCGAGAGCGGGGACCACCCCGGAGGCCAGGGAGCCAGGAGAGAGGACUUCCUCGCAGGGCUGGGAGUAGGGAGCGGGGCCCCCCCCGAAGAGCCGGGAGCAGGGAAAGGGGGCCACCUCGAGGGCCUGGCAGCCGGGAAAGGGCACCGGGCAGACCGGAUUUCAGUCGUGAUAGGGGUCCAUUCAGACCAGAGCCGGGAGAUGGUGGGGAGAAAAUGUAUGCAUAUCACCGAGAUGAGCCUACAAGGGCUCCAUGGGACCAUGGAGAGGAGAGAGGGCGAGAAGAGUUCCCAUUGGAUGGCAGGAAUGCCGCCAUGGAGCGAGAAAGACUUGAUGACUGGGAUAGAGAGAGGUACUGGAGGGAGUGUGAGCGCGACUAUCAGGAUGACUCGCUCGACCCUUAUAGUAGACCGCCGUCUCGGUCUCAUGAUGGAGACAGGCGAGGCCCUUGGUGGGAUGAUUGGGAGAGAGAGCAGGACAUGGAUGAGGAUUACAGUAGGGAAAUGGACAGGGACCUAGACAGGAAUGUAGAUCGGAUUGGAAGACCCAUGGAUAUGUACGAUAGAAAUUUGGAUAAUGAAUGGGACAGAGAUUAUGGGAGACCACUGGAUGAACAAGAGUCACAGUUUCGUGAACGGGAUAUUCCAUCUCUUCCACCUUUACCGCCCCUCCCACCUCUUCCACCUUUGGAUAGAUACCGGGAUGAUAGAUGGAGAGAAGAAAGAAAUCGAGACCAUGGUUAUGACCGAGAUUUCCGAGAUAGGGGUGAGUUGAGGAUUCGAGAGUAUCCAGAAAGAGGAGAUAUGUGGCGGGAAAAGCGAGAUUAUGUUCCGGACAGACUGGACUGGGAAAGAGAACGGUUGUCAGACAGAUGGUACCCAUCUGAUGUGGAUAGACACUCCCCCAUGGCAGAGCACAUGUCCUCCUCGCAUCAUUCCUCCGAAAUGGGGGGGUCCGAUGCCAAUUUAGACUCUGAACAAGGCCUUGGAGGGGUAAUGGUUCUCAGUCAGAGGCAGCACGAAAUCAUUUUGAAAGCUGCACAAGAACUGAAAAUGCUGCGGGAACAGAAAGAGCAGCUUCAGAAGAUGAAAGACUUUGGGUCUGAGCCACAGAUUGCUGACCAUCUCCCACCCCAGGACUCAAGACUGCAGAGUAUAUCAAGACCUGGGAUGUAUCCGCCUCCAGGGUCCUACAGACCACCCCCACCCAUGGGUAAGCCGCCAGGCUCACUUGUAAGACCCUCUGCUCCACCACCAAGAUCAUCUGUCCCUAUGGCCAGGCCACCUGUGCCAAUACCACCACCUCCCCCGCCGCCGCCGCCCCCACCGCCGCCACCUCCUGUGAUAAAGCCACAGACUUCAGCUGUGGAACAGGAACGCUGGGACGAAGAUUCUUUUUAUGGACUCUGGGAUACAAAUGAUGAACAAGGACUUAAUUCUGAAUUUAAGUCGGAAAGUGCACCAAUUCCCCCUGCCCCAGUAUUACCACCGCCACCCGUUCACCCUUCCAUCCCUCCUCCUGGCCCAAUGCCUAUGGGUGUGCCACCCAUGUCCAAACCACCGCCGGUACAACAGACUGUAGAUUAUGGUCAUGGCCGAGCAGAUAUGUCUACUAAUAAAGUUGAGCAAAUACCCUAUGGAGAAAGAAUAACCCUACGCCCAGAUCCACUACCUGAAAGGUCAACUUUUGAAACAGAUCAUGCAGGUCAGCGUGAUCGCUAUGAUAGAGACAGAGACCGUGAGCCUUACUUUGAUCGAGAUUUUAAAAGGGAUCGGGAGGCCCAUAGAGAUCGAGACCGGGAUCGUGUGAUUGACUAUGACCGGGACCGAUUUGACAGAGAUCGCCGGCCCCGGGAUGAUAGGACUCCAUCGUAUCGAGACAAAAAAGACCAUUCCUCAUCCAGAAGAGGGGGAUUUGAUAGGCCGUCCUAUGACAGGAAGUCUGACCGACCAGCAUAUGAAGGCCCAUCCAUGUUUGGAGGUGAUCGAAGAACUUACCCAGAGGAGCGGAUUCCCCUACCAGCUCCUUCCCUGAGCCACCAGCCACCUCCAGCUCCCCGGGCAGAGAAGAAGCCGGAGUCAAAGAAUGUGGAUGACAUUUUGAAGCCACCCGGCCGGGAGAGCAGACCUGAGAGAAUUGUUGUUAUCAUGAGAGGGCUGCCUGGCAGUGGAAAGACACAUGUUGCGAAACUCAUUCGUGAUAAGGAGGUAGAAUUUGGAGGACCUGCACCCAGAGUUUUAAGCCUGGAUGAUUACUUUAUCACUGAAGUAGAAAAGGAAGAAAAAGAUCCAGAUUCUGGAAAGAAAGUGAAAAAGAAGGUAAUGGAGUAUGAGUACGAAGCAGAGAUGGAGGAGACAUACCGCACUAGCAUGUUCAAGACCUUCAAAAAGACUCUGGAUGACGGCUUCUUCCCCUUCAUCAUUCUGGAUGCAAUCAAUGACCGAGUGAGACAUUUCGACCAGUUUUGGAGUGCAGCAAAAACCAAGGGGUUUGAGGUGUAUUUGGCUGAAAUGAGUGCAGAUAACCAGACUUGUGGCAAGAGAAAUAUUCACGGAAGAAAGCUUAAAGAAAUAAAUAAGAUGGCUGAUCACUGGGAAACUGCACCUCGACAUAUGAUGCGUCUAGACAUUCGCUCCUUACUACAGGAUGCUGCGAUUGAAGAGGUAGAGAUGGAAGACUUUGAUGCAAAUAUUGAAGAACAGAAGGAAGAAAAGAAAGAUGCAGAGGAAGAGGAAAGCGAACUGGGUUACAUUCCGAAAAGCAAAUGGGAGAUGGACACAUCUGAGGCAAAGCUAGACAAGUUGGAUGGCUUGAGGACUGGUGCUAAAAGAAAACGGGACUGGGAGGCAAUUGCCAGCAGAAUGGAGGAUUACCUUCAGCUCCCUGACGAUUACGAAACUCGUGCUUCUGAGCCCGGAAAGAAGAGGGUGAGGUGGGCAGACCUAGAAGAAAAGAAGGACGCAGAUAGGAAAAGGGCCAUAGGUUUUGUGGUUGGACAGACUGACUGGGAGAAGAUCACAGAUGAAAGCGGACACUUGGCUGAAAAAGCUCUCAAUCGAACCAAAUAUAUAUGAGAUUAGUUUUUGAAUGGAGUCAUUGUUCUUCUAAGGUGGUUCGCUCUGAGGUGAUCAGAAGCCAAGGCCUUGUGGAGCUUCUUGUGUGUCACCUUGCCUUCACGUUUCACUUUUGUUUUGUUUCGACUGCUUUAGUUUUUAAAAGUUUUCCAGUGUCCCCAAGAGGUAUUAGAUCUUGCGAUACUCAAGCAAGACAUUUAAUUUUUCUUUUUAACUACUUUGGGAGGGAGGGAGUGCUAGCCUGACCGCUGAAGUCAGGUGGGGGUUCGCUGGAGGAUUCCGACAGAGACUCUUUCCUCCUCUCUACAGUGUCACAGACUCUCUCAUCACUGCUUUGUGGCUGGUUUUGUUUUUUACUGUAUGUAACCAGUAGCUGAUUGUACUAGGAUUAAAAUAAUAAACUUUCAUGAUAAAGCCAGUGA